AUGGCUGAGAUCCCUCCCUUGCCAGCUUUGCAGUCUGCUGAGUUUCCCUAUUCUGGGUACUACGCUGCUUCGAAUGGCCCUCCCAAGGAUCCUACUUCCAGCCUCGACGAUGCCACUGAGCUCGGUGAUACGAACGACUCCGACUACCUUGACAUCGACGAACUCGAUGAGAACUUUACCUCGAGCCAGCAGCAUAACUCUCAUAUGGAGAAGAGUACUGUGGAGUUUGAUACCCAUAGCGACUCCGUCACUGCCAACACUAACCACGGACACUGGUUGACUCCUGACUCUUCUCGCAACGAAUCUAUGGAGGCACAGACCCUUGAGGAAGGAGGCAUGGUUGAUUCUAUUACUGCAGGUCAGCCUUGGGCUGGCCCAUGGAAUGCCAUGACCAUGGACGAAAUGAAUGAGAGUGUGCCUGGUGUUGUGACUGCUCCUUUGGGUUCAACGUCUGACCAUGUCCCAACUCAAAAUCCGAGUACCUCCAUUGUACUUACUUUGCCUGUGCGCAAUUCUAUUGAGAAGCCCACUGCCUCAGAGCAGGGUACCUCCCCCUCAAAGAAGUCCAACGCCAAGGGCUCUGCUGCUCGGUCCCGGAAGUCUCCUCUGCUGAUGCCUCAUCAGGUCAAUCCUCAGACUGGGGUGGUCUAUGACUGUAUCGCUCCGACCAACUCGCAGGUUGCCCCUCAGACCAUUCACCAUGCUCCUUUCCAGGGUGUUCGCCAGUCAGUCACCCAAGGAACCCAGCAGUUCUCUCGGGGUUUCGGCCAGAUAGUCCCAGUAACUACGACUAUGGCCUACCACCAGGCCAUCCGACAACUUCACACCCAAGGUGUACCCAGCACUAUGCCUCAGACUUCCAUGCAGAUGCCGUCUCAAUUCGUCCGCAAGUCUCCCUCCAUGACCAUGCCUACCCCUUUCGGCGGUAGCUACAUGUCACAGUCCGUCCCCCCUGUCAAGUCACAGAAGAAUAUCCACAAAAUCGGUCCUAUGGACAACUCUCGCCCCGCGAAGCGCCGUGCCCGUGACCCCCACGCCAACUUCAGCCCUCCCAGUACUCAGCUGGAGAAAGCUCGACGUCGAAUUGCUCAGUUGAUAGCCGAAAGAGACAAUAUCACUGGCGUUAACCCCCAUACUGGCACAAACUACGUCGAGGGCCUCGGGUUUCAGGGUAGAAUCCUUCAAUCCCAGGGAUCACUCCAAGCCCAGAGCAACGAUAACGGCCAGAGUCAUGCGAUCGCCGUUCACGAGUCGUAUCAGGACAAGUACCGAAGACUUCUUAAUGAGAACGAGGCUCUUUCUCGUGCAUUUUAUGCUGCGGAGGUGGAGGGGUGCCUCUGGCGAGAGCGUUGCCUCGAAAUUUCGGCUCAGCUGCACCCGCGUAAUGAGCUCAACCCCCGUGAUGAAGCGUAA